CCCGCCUACCGUGGUAUGGGCCAGACAGAUGAGAUAGGGCGAUGCGGAAGUCAUAGUUCCGUUCACUUCAGUUCAGUCUGAAACUCGUGGUAGCGGCAGAACGGUCACACGCUUUCACACCUCAACACCUCGACCAAACCGGCUUUGCCUCAUCCACGAAAAGGAGCAUCAUGAGCAGCAACUACAGUGUCUCCCUGGUUGGCCCCGCCCCCUGGGGCUUCAGACUGCAGGGAGGAAAGGACUUCUGUCUGCCCCUCACAAUCUCACGGCUGACUGAUGGGGGCAAGGCAGCCAAAGCCAGAAUGAGUGUGGGAGAUGUAGUUCUGUCGAUCGACGGCAUCGCCACCAACAGCAUGAACCACCUGGAGGCCCAGAACAAGAUCAAAGCCUGCACAGACGACCUCAACCUCACCCUGCAGAAAGCUUCCAGUGUUCCCAAGACUGAUGCACCAAAGAACGAACCGCUGGAGAUCAUUAAGCCUGUGCCAAUCACCUACCCAGCCCCGCCAUCCACAUUCACCAGCCCCUCCCCUCAGCCCAGUGCUGCCUACAAUAAGACGGCCCGCCCCUUUGGCGGGGGCAGCAGUGUGGGUGUGGUCACUUCCUCCCUGACUGCCCCAAAAGUGGCCUCAAUCCCUUCUGCAUCGUCUGCUUUCACCCCUGCUGCCCCCUCCUCCCAGCAGCCCCAGCCUCCCUUCCCACUAGGCAGCCACUCUCGCUCUCCAGCCCCACCCAUCGCAGCCCAACCCAGCUCAGCCCCACCCACCAGACCCAGCUCUGGCCGUUCCCCCUUCACCACCCCCUCCUCGUCCUCCUCUUCCUCCCCGGCCAGAGUGACAGCCCCCUCCUCCAAUCCUGGUGCUCCGCAGUCCUCUUGCUAUAACACGCCCAUCAACCUGUACUCCAACGCCAACGCCUGUGAGGUGGCCAUAGGACAGAGGCGGGGCCUGUUGGAAGCCCAGGGUGUGGUAGUCGACCAGAUCAAAGACCAGUUCAACGGGAACAGAGUUGAACCAGAGUUGAACCAUGCCUCACCACUCAGCGAGGCCAGUAAGAAGCGUAUGAUCGAGGACACGGAGGACUGGCAUCCUCGCACCGGCACCUCCCAGUCCAGGUCCUUCAGAAUCCUGGCUCAGAUCACUGGCACAGAGAACGACCAAGCCCAGGAGAACAGCACUGGAAAGAAAGAAGUUGUUGAGGAUGCCCUGCCCAGUGCUCACGUCACAUCAGUGAAGACCAUGACCAAAGUCCCAGGAGCCUCCAGGAACGGUGUCCCCCCACCCACCUUCAAGACCCCCUCUGCCCAGGUCAAACCCUCCUGGCCGGCUGGAGGUUCAGCAGGUUUCCCUAAGGGUGGAGCGGCACCCUCUUUUGGCCGGGUCAGCAACACUGCACCGGUACCCAAAGGUCCUGACCGCCCUGCUCCCCAGGCGCACCCCAAGGACCAGGACUCCCUGGUGCAGCGGGCCGAACACAUCGCAGCAGGAACACGCACGCCCAUGUGUGGCCACUGUGACAAGGUCAUCAGAGGUCCGUUCCUGGUGGCCAUGGGCAUGUCGUGGCACCCUGAGGAGUUUAACUGUUCCCACUGCCACACGUCUCUGGUGGAGUCUGGCUUCGUGGAGGAGAGGGGAACAGUGUACUGUGCUCACUGCUAUGAAGAGUUCUUUGCCCCUACCUGCACCAGCUGCAAGCAGAAGGUCCUGGGGGAAGUCAUCAAUGCCCUGAAGCAGACCUGGCAUGUGUACUGCUUCCUGUGUGCAUCCUGCCAGCAGCCAAUCAGAAACAACACCUUCCACAUGGAGGACGGGCUGCCAUACUGUGAAAGAGAUUAUUACCAACUCUUUGGUACCAGUUGCCAUGGUUGUGACUUCCCCAUCGAGGCAGGAGACAAGUUUCUGGAGGCGUUGGGAUUCACCUGGCAUGAUACCUGCUUCGUAUGUGCAGUCUGCAGCACCAGUUUGGAGGGCCAAGCCUUCUUCUCUAAAAAGGACAAGGCCCUGUGCAAGAAACACGCCAAUACAGUCAAGAUCUGACCCGCCCCCAGGAGUGAAGAACAGAGGAAAAAGAAAAACAGAGAAACAAUCUAUUCUAUCAGAUGUAGAUAUUUUUGGUAGUUUUAAAAGAUCGAUUUAUCUGAUGACAUUUAUUGACGGGAAUAUAAGCUUUAUAUCUUAUUUUGGUCAAACAAAGUGCAUGAAGGAAGGAAGGAAGGUAUCAUUUUUCGUGAAAUCUCAAAUUGAAAUGUUGAAAUGUUCUCGAUAUACAAGAGCUUGUCUAUACUGUAGUUAUGUGAACAGACAUGUAUAAGGUAGAUACUCAAGUACCGGCUGGGGCCAUAUCUGGCUCAUGACAUUUCCUGUAGCCCUCAACAUUAAUUAAUGUAAUAAAUCCAAAAUCCACUACAUACUGUAUGAUCCCAUAUAAUUGAUGUAGUUAAGUUAAUUAAAGUGUUAUGUUGGUAGAUGAAUGGGACCUUAUAAAAUGAGCUUGAAUCCGUUGACAGAUUAAAAUCGAACUGUUACCUUAUUGAGGAUGAUUAGAGCACCCAAACCCAUUUAUUCCCCCCCCCAGUGGUUGGGUCAGUAGACACAUGUAUGUAUCCUGGUAGUAUAUUUAUUGGGGCUGGUGGGAUGUACUUUAUUUUGGGAUUUAUAGGGGCAGUUGCACAUAGUGGUUCACUGUCAUUUUAUGAAAAGUAGGGAUUUUCCAUGUUUAUCGUUCCCUGUAUGUAUUUAAAACACCAAAAAAACUAAAUGUACACCUGGGGGGCCAAGACCAAGUUUGGGGAAACCCUGGUCUAUGUGGUGUUUGUUGGUGUAAUUAAUUCCAUUCCCAAUCAUGUUUGUCAUUAUUAAUCAUCCAAACUUAGACUAAAAGUAAAAUAUCUUUGUCCAUAAAAUGUCAGUGUUGAAAAUGAUUUGUAUUAGAGCUCUGUGGGAUGGACACUGUUUUAUUGGGGAAUACAGUGCAUUGGUCUACUAUUUGUAAGAAAUAAAACUACGAUUCAAUCGUG